UCAUGGUGUCAGCUAUAACUUCAUUCAAGAUACAUCUCGAUAAAUCGCCAUUUUCAGUGAAACCCAUACUGUUCUUGAAUAGGCAUCAAACUGAGGAGUGGAAAGGAUGGAUGCAGGCGAUUUUUUUGAUGUACCAUUAGUUCGCUGCAAGAGAAAUUUACAAUGUUGGUCGUGUAUGUGUUGCUGCAUAUGUGUGGAUGACUGGAUUUGGGAAUUUUUCGUAUUACUAUGUUCGCAAAGACUUUAGCUUUUCCAGAUUUGCUCAGAUGAUGUGGCGGCUUAAUUUCUUGGUGUUUGGUUGCUGCAUUGUCCUUGACAACAGUUACAUGCUAUACUAUAUCUGCCCCUUGCACACUUUUUUCUCUCUUACGGUGUACGGCUUUGUUGGUAUUCUGAAAAAGUACAAUGAGAUUAGAUCCGUCAUUGCUGUGAAAUUCUUGGCUUGCUUCUUGAUCGUUAUCAUAGUAUGGGAAAUACCCGGAGUGUUUGAUGUGCUUUGGGAACCAUUUACCUUCAUUUUAGGAUAUAAGGAUCCAAAUCGAUUGGCAGAACAGUUGCCUCCUCUGUAUGAGUGGCACUUCCGCACAGGGCUUGAUCGCUAUAUUUGGAUAUUAGGCAUGCUGUAUGCUUUCUAUUAUCCAACUGCUGAGGAAUGGAUUGAAAAGUUAGACGAAGCCAAACUGAAGCGCAGGAUAUUGAUCAAAACGACAAUUGUUGUGACAUCCUCAAUGGCUGCAUAUCUGUGGUAUGAGUACAUAUUCAAAUUGGACAGUAUUACUUACAACAAAUACCAUCCUUACACUUCCUGGAUUCCCAUUACGGCCUAUAUAUGUAUACGAAAUGUUACCCAGAGUACCCGUAGCUAUACUUUGCUCGUUUUCGGUUGGAUUGGAAAGAUUUCACUGGACACAUACAUCUCGCAGUUCCAUAUUUGGUUAAGAUCAAAUGCUCCGGAUGCCCAGCCGAAAUUGUUGCUGACUAUCAUCCCAGAUUAUCCUUUAUUAAACUUCAUGCUUACAACUAUCACACUCAUGGCGGCUUCUUACAGGCUGUCUGAGCUGACAAAUACAUUUAAAACGGCAUUUGUACCUAGCAAGGACAAUAAGCGCAUUAUGUAUAACAUGAUGAGUGGAGGUGCAAUCGUGGGCAUCCUGUACUCCUUGUCCUUUGUAUUCCUCAAAGUGCCACCAGCGUCGGUUUGAGAAUUGGAGAAAAUCAAAUAAAGAUUGUACAGAAGGGCACUGGAGUUGAUUACAAUUUUCUGUGAAAGACGAGAGGGAGCAUUCGACUCCAAACGAGAGUAUUGAAACACGGAAUUUAUUUUACAGGUUAACCCCACUGAUCUUAGUGAAUUAUGAAAUGAAAUGAAAUAAAGUACAUGUUCCCACCAUCACUUUAGGGCAAUUUUUUAGAUAAUUUGAGAUGAGGGUCUUCUAUUACAAACAAUCAUUUGUUCUUCACCCAUAUUUCAUACUUUUCAAUAUCAAAUGAAUAACAAAUUUCCUUUCCAA